CCCUGGAGUCAAUGGGCACCACAGUCCAGCGACAGCUGCCUAACACUCACUUGGCUGGAGAGAGUCAGCAGUGAUCAUGCUGUGCUGCUUUCCCAGGCCUUGAGACUGCAGCAACAGGACCCCACACAGGGAAAGCACUUGGGCAUGAGUGAGAGGAUGGAUGGCUAAGUCCCCAUGCUUCAGGCCACUCACCAGGAACUGCCUGGCCUUCAGGAGCAGCACAGGGCAGGUCUCACCAGACCCAGAGACCUGGGGACCUGAGAUGAGCGGGAGCCCAGGGAAGAUCUCCCUGGACCUGGACUCCGGACACUCAGGGCCACCGAGUCCAGGACAGGUCCAGUUAGGCCCAGCCACCAUUGUCCUCCACUUCUUGGUGGAGCUACACUUCCAGGAGAAUCCACCAGCUGAACUCCUCGCCCAACUGGAGCAAGCUGAGCCCACUGAGGCACAGCCCACGGGACCAGGUCCAGCCCCAGCUGAAGUCCCAUGUGUGGAGCCCGAGCCAGCUCCACCUGCAGCUUCCUGCCCAGUGCUGGGACCACAGCCAGAGUCUGUGGAAGCCCCUUCACCUGCUGCAGUGCUGGGGCACCCGGUGGUUGCACGGUGGUCGAUGUCACCUCCUGAGCUCUGCCUGGGGCCAGGUCCUGGCCCCUUCCCACUGUUCCCCUCACUCAUGCUGGCUCUUGUUUUGGUAUUUACACUUGCCCUUAUUCCUUGGAUUUAUAUAAAUAAUAGAACUAGCUUUUAAUAAAACUUAAACUUUUAGUGU